AUGUGGCAAUUCAUUGUAGCUGCAGGAUCUGGGAUUUUAGCCAAGAAAUUCAUUAACCUAGAAUCUGCUGGAACUAAAUCUUCACUGCCACAAGAUUUAGUCUUCGAAUCAAACAAUACACUCAAAGAAAGCACUAAUCAAGAGAAGGAAGAAUACUCGAAGAGGGGAAAAAAGAAAAUUGCUGCUUCGGAAGCCUGUCGGAAAGAGGCGGUGGUGGAUCACGUUGGGUUUAAGAGUGGAAAGAGGAUUUCUGUUUGCUUGAAGAAGAGGAGAACCGGCAAGCAUGCUUCAGGGAAGUGUGAAUCUCGUGCUUCAAAAGAUAAUUCAUUUGGAUGGGGAGUUGGUGUUGGGAUAAUGUAUAUGGUGUCAGCUGGAACAGCUGAAAUCUCUAAGUUGAACUCUGCAAUGUGCGUGACGGUAAAAACUGUCGAAGAACUAAAAGCCGAGAUCUCAAAAAGGAAAAACUCACAAAACGUGAGUGUCCCAGUUGCUGGGAAUGAAGCUGGAACAAAUGAGAAGUUUGCUGAAAGCUGUUGCAGAGAUCCAUCAUUCACUAUGGUAGCUGCCAAGAGCGAAGAAAAUAUGAAUGCAUUUAGUCCUGCUAUGACCGAUGAAGGUGAAUGUGCGAGUAGCAUUCUUACGAAUAAUCAGCAUCCUGAGGUGUUGGAAAUGCACCAGUUGGAAGCAGAGCUAGAGUCUGAACUUCAGAAACUUCCCUGGUCUGGAAUGGAAGCUUCUAGUUCUGAUGGAAGAACAGAUAUCUAUGAGACUGAAGUGUUGGCUAAAGGAGAAGCGUAUGAGAAUGCAAGCUCGUAUCAAUAUAAUGGUGUGUCGGCAGGUGAACUAGAUCAGAAACUGUGUCAUUUGCUCGUCGAACAACAGGAAAGCCAAAUAAUGGAGCUAGAGGCUGAGUUGAAUGAGGCACAUUCCAAACUCCACCAGAAAGAAACUGAGCUCCAAAAACUUAGAGACUGGAAACGACUCACGGAGUUUUCGCUAGCCAAUGCUUCAGAUGAAGAAGGUGAGAAUGAAGAGGUGGAUGUGCAGGCAAUAACAGAUGGAAUUGAAGAGAAGAAGGUUGGAUGGGAAUCAAUGGUUGGAAUGAAACGAAGCAUUGGCUGUACAUCAUACAUUUGCUCUGGUAAAUAACAGUUUGAUCC